AUGGGUAAAUCGCACGGUUACAGAUCUCGUACUCGUUACAUGUUCCAACGUGACUUCAGGAAGCAUGGUACCAUUCCAUUGUCUACCUACCUGAAGAUCUACAAGGUUGGCGACAUUGUCGACAUCAAGGCCAACGGUUCCAUCCAAAAGGGUAUGCCUCACAAGUUCUACCAAGGUAAGACCGGCGUUGUCUACAACGUUACCAAGUCCUCUGUUGGUGUCAUCAUCAACAAGGUUGUUGGUAACAGAUACAUCGAAAAGAGAGUCAACUUGAGAGUCGAGCACAUCAAGCACUCCAAAUGUAGACAGGAGUUUUUGGACAGAGUUAAGUCUAACGCCGCUAAGCGUGCUGAGGCCAAGGCUCAAGGUGUUGCUGUCCAAUUGAAGAGACAACCAGCCAAGCCAAGAGAAGCCCGUGUCAUCUCUACUGAAGGUAACAUCCCCAAGACUUUGGCUCCAGUUCCAUACGAAACUUUCAUCUAA